ACAAAGAACACAUAACAAAAGAAAAGUACAGUAGAGUCGCAGCUCGCCAUUGUGUCCUCCAAAAUGGCGGUGAUGGAGGCAGCGGACAUCGUGGUGGUUGUGUUCUACUUCGUUGUGGUCAUGAGCUUCGGAUUCUACUCCAUGUGGCGCGCCAACCGCAGCACGGUGAGCGGCUACUUCCUGGCCGGCCGCUCCAUGAACUGGUUCGUCAUCGGGGCGUCGCUCUUCGUCAGCAACAUCGGCAGCGAGCACUUCAUCGGCUUGGCCGGCUCGGGAGCGGCGAGCGGCUUCGCCGUGGGGGCCUGGGAGUUCAACGCCUUGCUGCUCCUCCAGGUGCUCGGCUGGGUGUUCAUCCCCGUCUACAUCCACUCCGGCGUCUACACCAUGCCUGAGUACCUCUCCAAACGCUUCGGCGGACAGAGGCUGAAGGUCUACUUCGCCGCUCUGUCCCUGGUCCUCUACAUCUUCACCAAGCUGUCUGUCGACUUGUACUCCGGCGCUCUCUUCAUCCAGGAGUCUCUGGGGUGGAAUCUCUACCUGUCCAUCAUCUUGCUGAUCACCAUGACGGCCCUGCUGACCAUCACCGGAGGCCUCGUCGCCGUCAUCUACACCGACACCCUGCAGGCUUUCCUCAUGAUCGCCGGGGCUCUUUGCCUGUCCGUCAUCAGCCUGAUGAAGGUAGGCGGGCUGGACGGGCUGAGGGAGAAAUACAUGCAGGCGACGCCCGACGUCGAGGCCAUCAUGUUGAGGAUGAACUUAACCAGCAACGCCACCUGCCACAACAUCCACCCCAAACCGCACUCCCUCCAAAUCCUGAGGGGGCCGCUGGACGAGGACCUGCCGUGGCCCGGCUUCCUGCUCGGGCAAACCCCGGCGUCCCUGUGGUACUGGUGCACCGAUCAGGUGAUCGUGCAAAGGGUGCUGGCGGCCAAGAACAUCGCCCACGCCAAGGGCUCCACGCUGAUGGGCGGCUUCCUCAAGAUCCUCCCGAUGUUCGUCAUCGUCAUCCCCGGCAUGAUCUCCCGCGUGCUGUUCGCCGACGAGCUAGCCUGCAUCAACCCGGAGCACUGCCUGAAAGUCUGUGGCAGCGCGGCGGGCUGCACCAACGUGGCGUACCCGCGCCUCGUCAUGUCCGUCAUGCCCGUCGGCCUGCGCGGCCUGAUGAUGGCGGUCAUGAUCGCGGCGCUGAUGAGCGACCUGGACUCCAUCUUCAACAGCGCCAGCACCAUCUUCACGCUGGACAUCUACAAGAUGGCGCGGCGCCGGGCCUCGUCCCGGGAGCUGAUGGUGGUGGGCCGGGUGUUCGUGGCCUUCAUGGUGGUGGUGAGCAUCGGCUGGGUUCCCGUGAUCAUCGAGAUGCAAGGCGGCCAGAUGUUCCUGUACAUCCAGGAAGUGUGCGACUACCUCACGCCGCCCGUCGCCGCCCUCUUCCUGCUCGGUGUGCUCUGGAGGCGGUGCAACGAGACCGGCGCGUUCUGGGGGAGCGCGGUCGGGUUCGGGCUGGGACUCACCCGGCUGGUCUUGGCGUUCGUCUACCGCGAGGGUCCCUGCGACGAGGAGGACUCGCGGCCCGCCUUCAUCAAAGACGUUCACUUCAUGUACGUGGCCGCAGGGCUGUUCUGGAUCUCCGGGCUCGUGACCGUGGUGGUGAGUCUGUGCACCGCGCCGCCGAGCGAAGAGCAGGUCAGAACCACCACCUUCUGGGGGUACUACUUCAAAGACAAAUAUUCAGUCAACGAUCCUGAGGAGACGCUGAAGCUGAAGGCCAAAGCGGACUGUAAUGACAGCAAUAGCAGCGCACCGGCACCUACCAAGGACACAUCUGUCGUGCCCAACAACAACGACGCUUCACAGAACCCCAGUGGGGUGACCGGUGACAUUCAGACAAUGGCGUUUGCCAAUGACACCAAUGACAAAGACACCACAGCGGAAGUAAACGGAAAGCCAGCAAUGACAGGCAACGGGCACCACCACCACCACGACCAAGUAGCCGUGUCUGCCUCUAGAGGUGUAGGGGAGAGUUCGUGUGGGGGUGGGGGGGAGAAGAGUCUCUGCAUGAGGCUGCUGGAGGGCUUCUGUGGGUUCAGUGGGACGUCGGGCAGCACUGAGGAGGAGGGGUCAGAGGUCAAUAUGGAAGAUCAGGUCAAUACGGGAGACAUGCUCCACGAGUCGCCCAGAGUCAAAAUGCUUCUGAAUGUUGGUCUCGUGACAGUGUGUGCUAUAGGAGUAUUCCUUUUUAUUUACUUUUCACUAUAGUCAGGCAA